CUCCAGACGGGUAUAAAGCUCGGGGGAGAUGAGCAGGCGGCGCGUGGUGGGCGCGGGGCGGCGGUGGGUUUGCAGCGCGACCAUGGAAGGGGAGGGUCCCCGCAGCAUCCACUCGCAGGGCAUCGCCGCCACCCACCACGUGCCCAUGCGGGUCAUCAUCCGGCCCCUCCCGCCGGUCCUGGACGAAGACAAAGUGGGGAGCCUCAUGCGGACCGUCCAGGAGGAUGCCGAGCAAGUGCCCCCGAUAGAUGUGCUCUGGAUCAAAGGCACCCAGGGGGGCGACUAUUUCUACUCCUUCGGCGGGUGUCACCGUUACGAGGCCUACAAGCGCCUGAACAAGGAGACCAUCCCGGCAAAAAUCGUCCGAUCGACCGUCAGUGACUUGCGCACCUACCUGGGCUCCUCUCUACCUGACCUGCGAUAGCGUGGGACCCCCACCGUUGCCAGGGGCUUGUUCUGUGGCAACUUUGGGACAACUAGAAACCCCGAAUCUGUCCGAGGCCUUGGGCGUUCUCCCAUCCUUCUUGGACCUCUGGGAUGAGUUUCCGUAUCUUCUGCUUCCAUCAUGCAGGUUUUUCUUGCAUCCUUCUGGUCUCCAAACCAGCUUUCUGUAAGAAGGCUCCACCCUAUUAAAAACAUUAUUAUGUAGGUGCACUAUAUAAGUAUAGCCAAUCCACUUUGGCACCCAAAGGUUAAUACACUUCUCCCAAGACAAUAAUUAUUUUUGAAUCUUUGUAAUAUAACGUACAUGCAAAAAAAUGCUUCUCUAAUGGUUCACCAAAAUAAAUCGUUCAGACUUACAAGCGACUACAAUAUUUACAAUGCAGAGACAUCUUUUUUUAGUGGUUGAAACAAAAAAAUCAUUACAACUUACACAUUUGUCAGUCAUCAAUCAUCAGUCCUAUUCUGGCGUAGACAAUCUUUUUUUUGAUUAUUUAAACAAUGAAACGUAACAACGUACACAUUUGUCAAUAAUCACUUAAUAAAUCAUAUUUUUGGCUUCUGCGUAUUUUGUCUUGGGCUGACGAGACUCCGGUAGGUUUGGUCUCGGAAAUCCGAGACCAAACCUACCGGAGUGAUGAUUAACAAAUGUGUAUGUUGUUAAGUUUAAUUGUUUAAAUAAUAAUAAAAAAGAUGUAAAUAUUGUAGCCACUUGUGCAUCUGAAUGAUUUAUUUUGGUGAACAAUUAGAGAAGCAAUGUAUUGUCGAAGGCUUUCACGGCUGGAAUCACUGGGGUGCUGUGUGGU